AUGUUCUUGUCUCGUACCUCCUCUGCUGCACUCAAGGCUAGCGCUUGGUCUUCUGUUAAGUCCAACUCUGUUCGCGCUAUUACUACCGCCACUCCCAGUAUUACACAAGCCUUUAACGCUCAAAAGAACAGCAAUGGUAAUUACCUUGUCACCCUCAUCCCUGGUGAUGGUAUUGGUCCCGAGAUUUCUCGUUCUGUCAAGGAAAUCUUUGCCGCCGCAAAGACUCCUAUUGAAUGGGAAGAGGUUGAUGUUACCCCCGUUAUCAAGGACGGUAAGACUGCCAUUCCUGAUGAAGCUAUUGCCAGUGUUCGUAAGAGUACCGUUGCUCUCAAGGGUCCUCUUGCCACUCCCAUUGGUAAGGGUCACGUUUCUCUCAACUUGACCCUCCGUCGUACCUUCAACUUGUACGCCAACGUCCGUCCUUGUCGCUCUGUCGAAGGUUACAAGACCCCUUAUGAGAAUGUUGAUACUGUCCUCAUUCGUGAAAACACUGAGGGUGAAUAUUCUGGUAUUGAACACGAGGUUGUCGAUGGUGUUGUUCAAUCCAUCAAGUUGAUCACCAGAGAAGCUUCUGAGCGUGUUGCUCGUUAUGCUUUCACCUACGCUGAAGCCGUCGGUCGUGAUCGUGUCACUGCUGUCCACAAGGCCAACAUCAUGAAAUUGGCUGAUGGUCUCUUCUUGGAUGUCUGUAAGCAAGUCUCCAAGGACUUCCCCAACAUCAAGUUCAACGAUGUCCUCUUGGAUCGUGCUUGUCUUCACAUCACUUCUGAUCCCUCUGUCUACUCUGACACCGUCAUGGUCAUGCCCAACUUGUAUGGUGAUAUCUUGUCUGAUAUGAGUGCUGGUUUGAUCGGUGGUCUUGGUUUGACUCCCUCUGGUAACAUUGGUCGUGAUGCCUCCAUCUUUGAAGCCGUCCACGGUACCGCUCCUGAUAUUGCUGGUCAAGAUAAGGCUAACCCUACCGCUUUGUUGCUCUCUUCCAUCAUGAUGUUGAAGCACAUGCGUUUGACUGAACAAGCUGCCAACAUUGAGCAAGCUGUCUUCAAGACUCUUGCUGAAGGUAAGGCCUUGACUGGUGAUUUGGGUGGUCGUGCUACCAACACUGAAUACACCAAGGCCGUUAUUGCUAACUUGAAAUUCUAA